CAGCUGACCAUGCCGUCGCUGAGGAUGUAUGAGGACCAGUGUAAGGCGGACCGGGAGGGCGCAGACUCUGACGCCUCUUCCAGUGAGCCACCGACGGGCAGGGACCAAGUUCACUCCCCGCUGGGAGCAGAUACCAGUCCGCUGAGGUUCAGCAGGCCCAGUCGAGAUGAGAAAACGUGCACUGACAGCGAGCAGGAGCUGGAGCAUCAGGACGAACGCUGCACCGGCUCCAGCAGCCCGGGACCCGAACCCGUGUCCCCCUACAGCUCCAGGUGUGAGGAGCGCAUGCGGGACAGGCCGAGCACAGAGAAGAAGGAGGACUCCUUGUUCAGUAUCAGGAGCCUCGAGAAGGACAAAGCGGAGAGCAGACACCGGAAGGACACCACGGACGCGUUGACAAAGGACUCGGAGGCCGGAGGCAUUAGUGCCACUAAGGAGGCCUUUUCCCCUCUCAUGGUCCAGACCGAGAGCCCCUCACACUUUAGCCCGGGCCACUUACAAAGCCUGGCUCUGUCCGGGCUGCACAGUCAGCAGUUCUUUAACCCUCUGAGCGCCGGAUCACCACUGUUGUUUCACCCCGGGCAGUUUGCCAUGGCCCCCGGAGCCUUCUCUGCUAUGGGCAUGGGCCAUUUACUGGCCUCUGUGUCCGGAGCAAGCGGCUUGGAAAACGGCAGCCUCUCCAGCCAGGGCACAGGAGGGACCCCCAGCCCCUUCCCCUUUCAUCUGUCCCAGCACAUGCUCGCCUCUCAGGGCAUCCCCAUGCCUCCUUUUGGAGGUCUCUUCCCAUACCCCUACACCUACAUGGCGGCUGCGGCGGCAGCGGCCUCGGCGUCCGCGCUCCCGGCCACCAGCACCUCCAGCCCUCUCUCCAGGAACCCUUUCCUGGGCGCGUCGCGUCCCCGGCUCCGCUUCAACCCCUACCAACUCCCAGUGUCGCUGCCCCAGAGCUCCAGCCUGCUCACCACCACCGGCCUGCAGGGUAGCCUCAACCCGGGCUCUGAGUCCUCCAAACCGGGCAGCAGGGAGAGCAGCCCGGCCCCGGAGCAACACAGUAACCACAAGACAGUAGCGUCCAGCGGGAGGGCGGUGUCCCCCAAAACCUCCAUGAAGGACUCAGUGAAUGAGCUGCAGAGCAUCCAGAGACUGGUGAGCGGUCUGGAGGGCCAGCGGGAGCCCUCCCCGAGCGCAGACUCUCCUAAGUGAUGAAGACUGUCUGUUUGGGAUGAAGACUUGGCUGUAAUACCAGAGGACUGUCAGUGCAUCUGUCCUGUACAGCACAUUAGGGAGACUGGAACGAGGUUUGAUCGAUAUGGGUCGGUGAAGGUCAAUACCUUUUUGGAACAAAGCUGCAGAUAGACAUAAAUGUCCAUAUCAUUCAGUUGAACUAUAUUGAAAUACACAAGUAUUGAGGGUUCUCCUCCACAGCUGACCUGUUAGACAGGAUGGAAACCUUUCAUCAGACACCAGAACUCUGCCCUGAAUCCCAGUGAUUGAGGGUUAGCAGGCAGGCCGAAAAACUCUGGAAACAUUCCUACAUGGAGACAUGAAAAGUAAAAUAUGCAAAGAUAAAAAGACGGAAACACGUUUUAUUGAAAGAAAUGCUAAAUAAUGCAAAAAUAUUAAAAAGAAAAAUCUGAGCACUUCAGCUCAAAGAGGUGUGUACCACUGAUGAGUUCCACUACAGCCACAGCAGGCCAGUAGCCUAUCUGUAUCGGUCUAACCUGCCCGAGAGCCCGCAGCUCCACAGACUGAGGCACACAGUGGAGAGAGUGUGUGUGUGCUGAGUUUGGUUAACUUGAAGCAUUUGAGCAUCAAGGCCUGUUUUUUCUUAUUCCGAGCCGAGGCCUGAACAGGAGCCUCACCACGCCGACAGGCAGGUCUCAAGCUGCAUCCAAAAACUCUUUUCCAAGCCUAAUUAUUUCACAAGGCAUGGAGGGUGAACGAAAAAGAAAGAAAGAAAGAAAGAAAGAACGAGAGAAAGAAAGGAAGAAAGAAAGGCGUAUCAUUUCAGGCCAGAAAAUUUGUUUCUUAACUAUUUAUGUAAUUAAAGAUUAAAAGAAAAAUCUGUAAAUAAAGCUAAGAUCCAAGAAUAUGCAAUUGGUAUUAAUUUAUUCAAGGCUGUAUAUUAGUGUGUAUAUAUUUGGAAUUUAACUUGUUGCUUUUUUUCUCCUCCUCCUCCUCUCCCUAAUUUUACAUGAACAUAUACUGUAAAUGAAAGCUAUUUAGCGCUUGUUGGUUUGAAAAACUGUGUAUGAAGCAUCGCUGAUUUUUAGGUGACGUGUGUGCCAUGUUUUAGUCUGCAUCCACCGACAAAGACAGAGGGACAGAGAGAGGGAGAGAGAGCUCCACAUGGAUUCAAAAACACCUCAGGUUAUUUCACUCCAGCCAGGAGACAUUCAAAGCAAUUCCUUCUAUAGGCGCAUCAUUCAUAUCUAUUAAAAUAUAUUUAAAGAUGAAAGUAUCUUGUUUAUGCUGGUUGUCCGGGUUUU